UAUUAUGGCGCUGCCGACUCCUCUGCUGCUGGAGCUGCUGUUAUACGCCAGCUGUUUUAUCUGCGGGAUCAUCACAGCCGCCUCUGUUACAAUCUCGCAGGGCAGUUUUGAUGGGAAGUGCAUGCUGUACGGUUCAGUGCGUCUGAAUUCCUCAUCCAUCGCUGUGCUUUCAUCCAGUUCUCCUUCCCUUUGUUACUUUGUGUCAGCCAUCUCAGUGUGUGUGGCCGUCUUCUGCUUUUCACUCACUCUCUACUGGAUCUACAUGGCCUGUGUUGACGGAGAGGUGAAAAGAGAGAAAUUAUGGAUGAAUGUUACUCUUGGCUUGUCUGGAGUCUUCCUCUUCUUCCUCUUGGUGACGGGAUGCAUCCUGAAAAUCGGCCGAGACAGACUGUGUGACUCGGUGAUUCAAACAGCGAAAAAUAUAACCAGGUGUGAAGAAGCACAAAAUAAGCCUUGGAUGAGCCCUAUAAAUGGGAGUCAGUUCUACUCCAGACUACACAGUGCAGAGACAGCAGUAUGGGUGAAUUUCUUCUUUUGGUUGAUCAUAGCAGUUCUGGUCCUGCUCCAGCGUAACAACGGGUCAGAAAUCCGGUCAGAAGGAGAGGACCCAUCAGCGACCCCUUCUGAAACGGAGCCCUUCUUCAACCGCCCAGGACGUUCUUAGUGAAUAGAGACACAGCUAAUCUAUGUCGCUCCACACUAAAGCAGUGUCUAUGUGCCGCUUGAACACACUCACUCACA